AUGGAGCCUCAACAACAGCCUCAGUCUCCUACCUCUGCUCCUCCUCAGCCCUCUGCCUCCUCGCAACCAGAACCUCGGAGGAGCACACAUCGUCAGCAACGAGGCCCUGUUUUAUCCAUCUCUUCACAGCCCUCGUUGCCGCAAUCACCUACAAUCACCUUGUCUCCGAUCAGCCCGUCACCUAGCGAUCCCCGACGUCGAACCCUCCACCGCAAACUACAGAAGCGACAUCCUCCCCAUUCUCACACGAUGGACUUCCCAGACCAGCUGAGGCGGAAAGAGGAGGAUGACGAGCAGGAGGAGGAUGUGUUACCAGUUGGACUCGGGGGCAACCGCCCGUUCGUCAACUUGAAUCAAAGCAUAUUUGGUCUCAUCGCUGCUGCCGGGCCCAAGGUCGACUUCCACAACCGCUUCGAGGGCCACAGCAGCGAAGAGGAGGAUGCAGACGAUUCCCGUGACGACGAAUCAGGUCGUGAGGAGCACACCAGGCAUGAUGCGCUGGCAAAUCCAAUGUCACAGACCACCGUUCUGACGAAACCGGGAUCCAAGAGUCGAAGGAGCCACAGGAGGAGGUUCAGCGGAGACAAACUUAUGAGGUCAGUCCCGUUAUUAUCGAGGCUGUCGUCCAAGAGCCGGUCCAAAAAAGACGAGAAGAAGCCGGUUACACAGAUACAGGAAGAGUCAGAGCCAGAAUCUGCCGUGGACGAGGCUCUAGUAUUAUCAAGCACACAUGAUGGGAAUCGCCUUGCGCCAGUGAUGAGCCGCAUGCUGGAAGCCCGCGCAGAAGUAGCAGCACGGCCGAGUUCGGAUCUCGAGCGAGGAUCGAUGGAUGUGAGGCCCGCGACCCCCGAUUUGACAGGGACAGGACCCACGGAGCUCUCGAAACGGCUGCAGGGCAUCUUUGAGCUUGACGAACCCGAGGAGCUUAUAGCAGAGUAUCCUUGCUGGCUGCUUCAGGGCGUGCUCCUCCAGGGCUACAUCUACAUCACAUCCAAGCACAUCUGCUUCUACGCUUACCUUCCCAAGAAGGCGCAUGAAGUCACCAAGUCUGGCCACCUCUCCAAGUCGGGCAAGCGGAAUCCAAAAUACAACCGAUAUUGGUUCCGACUCAAAGGCGAUGUCUUCUCCUACUACCGCGACUCGUCUAACCUCUACUUCCCCCACGGCCAAAUCGAUCUUCGCUAUGGCAUCUCCGCCUCCGUGACGGACAAGGACAAGGAUGGCGUCAACUUUACCUUGGAAACAGACCACCGCACAUAUUACUUCCGGGCCGACAGUGCGCAGAGCGCCAAGGAAUGGGUCAAGUGUCUACAGCGCGUCAUUUUCCGGAGUCAUAAUGACGGCGAUAGCGUCAAGAUCAGCCUGCCGAUUCAAAACGUGAUUGACAUCGAGGAGACACAGAUGCUUGAGUUUGCCGAAACCUGCAAGAUACGCGUCAUUGACAAUGACGAGACGUAUGCUAUCGACGAAUACUUCUUCUCGUUCUUCAGCUUAGGGCAGGAAGCCAUCGGCGUCCUCAAGAUUCUCAUCGAGGAUGCCGCAGUAACUCCCAGUGACUCCAAAGGAGACUCCAAACGCAGCUCUUAUAUCGGCAACAGACCCGGGCUUUCCGCCCCCGCCGAGAUACGCACUGGCAAAUUACGUGACAAUGUGAGGGCCACACUCUCACCACACAGCCCCCGGUCACCCACAGGUCCAUCUCCUCGUGGGAGCGGAGAAUACCCCAGGAGCAGCUUCGACGCGAUACGGCAAUUCACACGCAGGAGUACAGAUAUCCCCCGUGGCGAUGCCUCGCCUCGGCGCAGCUUCAGCCGAGAUCGAGAACGCUCCCUGAGCCGACAACGUCGUAGCGGUAAGCGUCUAGAGUCAGCAGACUCGUAUGCUGAGUCCACGGAAGACCCCAGUAUCGUGAGCUUCUCAGCCAUGACGACUUCUGGCGAACUGGAUCAGUCCGCCAGCCAGAUACUCCGAGGUAGUGAUGUUUUCCAUAGCCCCACCGUACAGAGGUCCAGUUCAGCGAAAGGACGGGAACACCAGCCGCGAAGCCCAAAACAUCACCUCUCUGCUGGCAACCUGGAUCAGUUCCAACCGCACCAUGCGGCGACGACGGGACACGUCCCUGACCCAGCAUCAGGGGAGAAGUUUGAGGGCCCAGCCGCAACACUGGAGACCAUCACGAAGAUUGGAACGUAUCCCCUGCAGCGAGUAGGUGCUUUCGCGGAGUACCUGACCCGCCACUCCAAGAAGAUGAGCGGUAUGCUUGCCACAGAAUCGAUGGGCUACGCCGGCAAGGUGUCGGGCAUGUGGAAAGGCGGCCAGAAGCACUACGAUGAGCAUGCAGCUCUCAAGACUGGUGAAGAGCCCGAUGAUGAGGAGCAAGACAGGAUCGCAGAGGAUCGCUUCCAGAUACACUUCGCCCUGCCCAGGAGCGAGAGGCUGCGGGCCACCUACUUCGGAUACUUCAUGCGCGUCCUUCCCCUUUACGGCAAGGUCUACCUCAGCGACCGGACACUGUGUUUUCGAAGCCUCAUGCCCGGCACGCGCACAAAGCUUAUUCUACCGAUCCGAGAUAUCGAGAACGUGACCAAAUCCAGUGGUUUCCGACUGGGCUAUGCUGGUCUGGUAGUUGUGAUCCGCGGGCACGAGGAGUUAUUCUUCGAGUUUGGCGACUCAGCCCUUCGCGACGACCUGACUGCCUUCCUACACAAAGGCAUAGAAGCUUCGAAAUUCCUGCGCGACUCUGGCGAGCUGGAUGUGGAGGCGAGAGAGGAGGCGGAGAAGGCCGUAGCCGAGCAGAAAGCUCUCGAGGAGGCCCGACACGACGAGUUUCCGGAACAUGAACUGACACUUCCACGACACGCCUCCACCGGAUCUGAUGGACCUACUAUCAUCUUCGAUGACCCCAAGGCGUCCUUUGUCAACUUCAAGCCAGAAAAGGCCCUUCGAGUCACCUGUCUGACUAUUGGUUCGCGUGGUGACGUGCAGCCUUACAUUGCACUUUGCAAGGGGCUGCUUGCCGAAGGUCACAAGCCAAAAAUUGCCACCCAUCUUGAAUUCAAGGGCUGGAUUGAGAAGCACGGCAUUGAGUUUGCACCUGUCGAGGGGGAUCCCGGCGAGCUGAUGCGGCUCUGCAUCGAGAAUGGCACCUUCACAGUCUCGUUUCUGCAAAAGGCAAACUCAACUAUGCGAAGUUGGCUCGACGGCCUUCUCAGCAGCAGCUGGCUGGCGUGUAGAGGGUCUGACGUGCUCAUCGAGAGCCCCUCUGCGAUGGGAGGCAUCCAUAUCGCGGAGAAGCUCUGCAUUCCCUACUUCCGUGCCUUUGGCAUGCCAUGGACAAGGACCAGAGCCUAUCCGCACGCCUUCAUGAUGCCAGAACGCAAAAUGGGCGGCGCGUACAAUCUCAUCACGUACGUCCUUUUUGAUGCUGUAUUCUGGAAGGCGACGGCCCACCAGAUCAAUAAAUGGCGAAAUAAGACCCUCGGCCUGCCAAGCACCAGUCUUGAGAAGCUGCAGCCAAACAAGGUGCCUUUUAUCUACAACUUCUCUCCACAGGUUGUCCCUCCUCCGAUGGACUACAGUGACUGGAUCCGCGUCACUGGGUACUGGUUCCUCGACGAAGGCGGCAAGGACUGGACGCCGCCUGCAGAUCUUGUCGCCUUCAUCGACAAGGCUCGCAAGGAUGGCAAGAAGCUGGUGUAUAUUGGCUUCGGCAGUAUUAUCCUCGACAACCCAGCCAAAUUCACGCGCGAGAUCAUCGAUGCUGUUGUUAAGGCCGAUGUAAGGUGUAUCCUCAGCAAGGGCUGGAGUGACCGGCUGGAUCCCAAGGCGGAGGGAGCUGCCUCCGGAGAGCAGUCUGGCCACACGACUAGCGAUGGCAACCCCACCGCCCACGGCACGACAGAGAUCCCUCUCCCGCCUGAGAUCCUCGCCAUCAAGUCAGCUCCCCAUGACUGGCUGUUCAACCAAAUUGACGCCGCAGCGCACCAUGGUGGAUCAGGUACGACGGGCGCCAGCUUGCGUGCCGGCAUACCCACCAUCAUUCGACCUUUCUUUGGCGAUCAGUUCUUCUUUGGAGGACGUGUCGAGGAUCUUGGUGUGGGCAUUCUGCUGAAGAAGUGGGGCGUCAACUCAUUUGCACGGGCACUGUGGGAAGCGACUCAUUCCGAGAGGAUGAUCGUCAAGGCGAGGGUGUUGGGGGAGAAUAUCCGCAAGGAGAAUGGCGUCGACACGGCAAUCCAAUGCAUCUACCGCGACAUGGAAUACGCCAAAUCUCUCAUCGAAAAGAAGGCAGGAAAGAACGCCGCCGCCGCAGGGCAUACGAGCAACUAUGGCUCCGAUACUGUGGAUGAUGACGCCGAGGAGGAAAGCUGGACGUUUGUAGGGGAAGACGGUCCGGACGAGGACGAGGACGUGGACAUCGACAUCGCGCUCCAACGGAGCUCUUUCUUCACAUCAGGCAGCGAGGCCGCCAGUCCUCCCAGCGCACAUCAGAGGGCGGCCGUGCCCAGCAACAGCGUGCUCUGGACGACUGCAGGUACGACUGCGCCGGCUGGACAGCGAAGCCCGCUGCGGCAGGCGAGCAGCAGCGGCUCUGGUUCUAGACGGCGCAAGGAUAAAGUCUCGCCGAAAGAUACUCGCGAUCAUGCGGAGAAGCGGGGCCGGUAGGUGGUGGCUCCGCUGGCAAUGUGUGUCGCACGAAUCGAGGACGAAUCUUUUGGGGCGUUUCUUCGAGGGGUAGGGUGAUAAUUAUUGGAAUGGAUGUUUCGUCACGCGGAGUCAAGUGAGACUUGUGUGUUGAGGCGAGGAUACACAAUACCUACCAAGCAUGAGGAAUGUCUCGGUGUUACUGUGGAAGUGUUCUGUCUUUGGGUAUCUGAAUGGGUAUAUGGGUACUGAAGAGUUCUUCGUCUGCAAGACAAGCUUGCCCAAUAUCCGAGGCGCUGCAUGGGACUUGUUUGUUUUCCUUUUGGGCAUUUCCUACGAAGAGAAAGAUUGACCUGCUUGUCUAUUCUCAGAAGACAAGCAUUACAGAAUGACAGGAUACAAUACAAGAUAGCCUGGAGUUUGGAGACGGGACGGACUGGAUACUUAAUCAAUAGACAUGUCAUGAUACAGGUCAAGGGUCACAGUAUAGGAGGGAAAGAGAACGAGAACAGAGAUGCAAUGAC